CGGCUCCGCUUGAGGACGUACGUCAAAAAUUAAAAAAAAAAUAAAAAAGAUGAAGUUCAUCAUAUUGUUAAGUGUUGUGGCUGUAGCAAGAUGUGUGCCUUUGUCUCAAGAAGAUACAGUGAUGAAAUCGGUGAUAGGAAACUUUGUGAAUUGCAUGAACAGUGAUUUGAAUAUGUGCUUGAAGGAACAAGCUUUGAAAGCUACCGAACGCCUUGGUACAGUAAGAAAGCUGAACAUAAUUGAAGGAGUAACACUUUACAAUAAUGGACCUAAAGAAGCACGUAGCUUGGAACCUUUAGCCACAGACCCUGAACAAAGAAGCAGACAGAUCAACGAAAGACUUUGGGAGAGCGCCUCUGAACUGCUUACUAAGAGCGACUUGGAACUCAGUUUUAAUGGUGCUGAUGAUGAUGAUGAAGAAUCCAGGUCUUUAGAUGAAGCUGAAGGCCGUGGAAAGAAGAAGAAGCAGAUCAAGAAGAAGUUGAAACUCCUCAUUCCUCUCGCCAUCUUAGCGAAAGUGAAAGCUGUCGCAAUCGUUGUCCUAGCUCUUGUAGUGAUCGCCGCAUCCGUAUUCAAGCUCGCUCUUAUCGCCAAGAUUGCGUUUAUCGCCAAAGUUAUCGCCAUUGUAAAGGCUCUUAUCGCCAAGAAACAUUCCCAAGAAGAGCAUACCUGGGUGACCACACACGAGGAACAUCCCCAACAUGGAGGUUGGGACGGCGGUUGGUCUCGUUCUAAAAACGAUGCUAGCAACUUAGCAUACUCCGCGUAUAGUCAAUAAUGCAACCAAAUAAUUAAUUCCGGGUAAAAAUUUCGAAGCUCUUUUUGUUGUUAAAUAAUUUUCGAAGCUAUUUAUUGAUUAAUUUAUUGUGUGAGUGUGAGAGAGUAUGAAUAUUUUCGUUGAUUUUUUUUAGUUUGUUUUUUUUUUCUUUUCGGUCAUUUUAUGUUGUUUUUCUUUUGUUUUGUUUAUUUUAAUAAUCUGACUGAAAAGGAUUUUUAAUUUGUGUGUCGGAUUUUAGUAUUUUGAGUUAAUUUGUGAUAUUAUUGUAAUAUAUUUUACGUGUAAAUAUUUAUUAUAUUUAUGAUAUUUAUCUUGAUAUUGUUAUAUAUUGAAUAUAUUUUUUAUAUUCAUGUAUAGUUUAUGUACUCGUAAAUAUUAUCUAUUCAUUUCAAUUUAUUUAUUUUCAUAUUUAUGUAUACUUUUUUGUUCUCAUUAAUUAUGCCCUUGACUUUAUAUUUUCAUGUUUAUAUUUUCUAUUUUAUGUAAAAUAUUUAUAUUUAUAUUUUUAUUUUUUACUUUUAGAAAUCGUGGCCACCAAAUUUUGUUUUUAUUUUUUUUGUUAAUCCGUUCUGUACAAUACUCAUUAUGUUUUUUUGUUUGCUUGUACGUAUGUUUGUGUGUAAUUUAUUAAUGAAAUGUAUAAUAAUAAACUUCAAUGAAC